CUACCUUGUAGAGAGGUUCUCUAGUUCGGGGUCAUGGUUCGGUGGUGUUGGCAACGUCUUACCUUGGCGCUUAUUUGUUUUCAUCUAAUGCCAACUUUUGCUGUUGGUAUUGGUGAUUAUUUAAGUGAGAGCUUAUUAUUUUUCGCACAUAAAUUAUCGACGAAUAAAGUAGUAAAAAAGGAAGAAACGAUCAAUAGACGGCCUUUCGCACGACUACACUUUUCUAAUUGCGGAGAUAAAAGGGAUCCUGUAUUAGUCGAUGAAUUUCAAGUAGCUCCUAAUCCAGUUUCUGUUCCCGGAAAUGUCGAAGUUCACUUGAAAAUGGAUGUGAGAAAAAACCAAACUUCUCCUCUACCCGUUAGCUUGGAGAUGAUGAAGAAAGUUCCACUUCUCUUCGGUUUAUCCACAUGGUUUAGAGUACCUUGUUUAUCGAACGGAAUCGGAUCGUGUGAUUACGAAGAUCUUUGCAUCACACAACUUUUUCACGAAAACAAAUGUAUGGACCCUAAAACGAAACAGGAGAAAGCGUGUGGAUGCCCUUUUCGUACGGGAGUUUAUACAUUAAAGCCGGCUAUAUUUCAAAUACCAGAACCACCGAAUGAUGUACCAGGUUAUUUAUUAGAGGGAGAAUUUUAUGUCAAAGCUACUGUUAAGCGAAAUGACGAACAAAUAGCCUGCUACUCCACUAACGUCGACCUUCUUCUGUAACUAUUUUAUAAAUUUUAUGCUUAUAUAUUCAUUUAUAUAUUCCUACGUAUUUAUUAACAAUA